UCGCUACCAUCGCAGUGGUCGAAGCCAGAGAAAAUGGCAGCUACGUCGGAAGAAAGGCUGCCUUCCACGAACGUGAACCAGGGUACGGAGGCUCCAGGGUCGGCGGGACAACUGACAGCGAGCCUGAGUGGAGAAUGGGCGGCCGGCCUUAGCGACUUUGCGUCGACGCCACAGGCUCCGACCGGGAAACUCGGCAAGGGAUCAUCGUCCAAACUCGAUGACGCCGAGAAAAAAACCGGGACAACGGGUAAGUCGAGCGCGACGCUGAGCGCCGAGCAGCUGGUGGGUGUCGAGAAGACCGAGGCGAUGAAAGAGACCUUGGCCAUGGCCUGCAAACUGAACGCGAGCCUCAGCGCGGAACAACUGGCCGACGUCGUGCAUGACGUGUCAAAGGAGGCGGCCCUUGCCGUGGUCGACACACUCAACGCUAUGGACUCCGUUGGCAGCGGUGCGUCAAAUAAUGAAGCCACGCUCCUUACCGGGGAAAAAGUCGCCGACGCCGAGAAUUCCGGGUCAAAAAAGCAAGCCGAGUCGAAGGCAGAGCCACGCCAGGCUUCUGAGCUGAACGCAAACCUGAGCGACGAUCGGGUGGCUGAAUUGAAGAAGGUUUUUGAAGGCUAUGACGCCGAAGGAACCGGCAAGAUUCCUGUCUCUGAGCUGGGAACCGUGAUGCGUAGUCUGGGAUACGAACUCACGGACUCGAAGCUCCGGGAUUUCUUGGGACCCGUGAAAAGGACCAGCAUUACCUUCAGCGAAUUCAUCACCAUGAUGGCCAAGGACGUGUUGGCGGUGAAUGCCGAGGAAGAGUUCAAGCAGGUGUUCAAGGUGUUCGACCGCAAUGGUGACGGCUUCGUGAGCUGCGCAGAGCUUCGACAUGCGAUGACCACGCUGGGCCAGAAGCUGUCCACGGAGGACGUGGACGAGAUGAUUCGAGUGGCAGACACAGACGCCAAAGGGAAGCUGACCUUCGACGAGUUUGUUACCAUGGUAACGUCCAAGUGACUUCAAGGGCGGUGGUGGUAGGAACGAAAAUCCGGACAACUCCGUAGCCAUCACUUGAACAAGAAUGUGACGUUACCGACAGAAAAAAAUUCAAGUGACUGACUGAAAGAAAUUAGGCCUAGUUGCGCGUUUCUUCCUCGUACCUCCCUACGCUCUGGCCAUCAAAUAAAAAAAAUUAUCCUUCGGCGAACUUUAAGGGAAACUCUGACAUGAUGUUCCCCAAGGCGCAUAAAAAUCACUCUAGAUGAAAGCAUGGAGUAAAUGUCGCUUAU